AUGCGAGUGGCCAAAAGGAGAAAAAAUGAGGAAGAAACUACUACUUUACCAAAGAAGCCUAAAGUCGAGAAGAGCCAACAUACUAAGAGAACGACUUCAACGAAAGACCAGAUCAAGAUACUAAAAAUAUCAUUUGAAUUUGGACCUAUACAGUUAAAUACAUACCAAUACGUGUUCGAAGGUUUAAAGUACAUCUGGAAACUGUCUGGUCUGUCAAAAUUGUUGAAAGAGCCCGACGACAGUUUUCUCUUAUUCGCAGAUGUUGAAGAAGACAUUGAACAACGCUGUCUGGACUUGUUUUCUUCCAUACCAACAUGUACAGAAAUAUCGAUCGAAAACCUUCAUGAAGAGCUACGUCAACCAAAACCACUGAUUGUUGAUUGUAGGCAUUUCACUUUUCUACAAAAGGAAAUAAGUGAUCUUUUAUCCAAUGCAACAUUGGACGACAGCUAUUUAUUUUUCUUACUCGAAGACCACUCUAAGAAAGCAGAAAUAGAGAACCUGAACUUUAAAUGGCAAAGCGUAAAUAUACUGAGCAAAGACAAAGAAACAUCUGACACCUUUUAUGAUAUCUGCAACAAAAUAGUAUCAGAAAAAGUUCAGGAAUACAUAGAGAUAUUAUCAAAAAAACCAAAAACGAGAAAUAAUUCGCAUUGCCUAAAACUACUUCGAAAGUAUGAAAGCACGAUCAAAAACAGCAUAAAUCCGUCCAGUGUAAGCAAGGGAGUCGUAGACACAGUUGAGAGGGUAGUAGAGGAAACAACACCAGAGUUUCAUGUGAUAGGAUACGCUUUAUUUGAAAAAGUACUUAAACUAUUUGCAGGAAGUGAAAUAAAAUCGUGUUCUCUGGCAUUGGUAAAAAAAGUUCGCGAUAUGCUAAAUGAAAGUUUUCGAGGCCGAAUUAUUGCGCAACUUCUUCAAAAGCCAUACAUUAUGCCAUUCUCUGGUCUCAAAGGUGGGUGUGAGUUGACAAUAGGAUCAGUUUCUGGUACCCUUGGUAUGUUUGCAAAACUUUCAACCGAAAACAAAAUUGAAAAAAUCAUAGCGAUAUCUUCUGGUCACAUUGCAACUAGUGGGAAUAAAAUAAUGGCCGCAUUAGGAGGCAAAAAUGACCGCAAAAUUGGACAAUGCAUUUGGCCAGAAACCUCAACGGAUGCAUCGUUAAAAGCGAAUAUUGAGGACAUCUCUGUGAUUAUACUAGAUGAUGGAAUUUCGAACAGUAUCGAAUACAGAAUGCCUGAAUUUAAAGUGAAAUUGCCAACAGUUGAUUUAGAAGACUUAAACAACCGUAAAGUGUUUAAAUUUGGUGCAAAAACAAAUAAGACAUACGGCUGCCUAAAAUGCGCGAAAAAAUCAAAGUUACUGGGUGCUGAUGUCAUGUUUAUUGAACCAUGGCAUGGGGAAAAACAGUUCUCCGAUCAAGGUGAUAGCGGCGCGAUUGUUUUCACACAAAUGGGUCGUGAGUUGAUUGCCAUUGGGGUAGUGUUUGGUGAUGAUUUGACGGUUUAUACAACCUGUGAAUCAGAUGAAGAGAAUUUAGAAGACGUUGAUGACGCUCACUGCAUUGCAGUCGAUAUAAAAAGAGCAAUCGAUCUUUUUGAGUUGGCUAAAAAAGGUGAAAUCGUGCUUGACAAGUUUUAA